AUGCAGGGGCCCGACCUCUUCGACUCCAUGGCUCCCGCCAUCAACGCGUCCUCCCAGUGGGGCCCGGCGCUGUUCCCUCCCGUCGUCCAGACCGGCGCCACCUCUCUCCGGGAGGCGAUGGCGAUGAACGCAGUGCUUCGGCAGGCGGACGGCGGGAACGGCCUGCUCAGCGCUCAGUACGUCAUGCCAGGGCCGCUCACCUCCUACAGCAACAUUCCGAUCCAGGCGACCGCCCUUUCGCCACCGCUCACGCCGCCGCCGGCUCCCGAGCUGCACCAGCAGAGCCGGCCACGCUUCGUUUGGACCCCAGAGCUGCACGCGCAGGCGGCGUGCAACACGCUCGGCCUCGACAACGCCAAGCCAAAGUCCAUCCUCAAGCUGAUGGACGUCGACGGCCUCACCAAGGCAAACAUAAAGUCGCACCUCCAAAAGUACCGCUGCAUGAUGAACAAGCGCUCGGCGGAGGCCGGCGACGGCGAGGCGCGGCCCGCCAAGGCGCCGCGGGUGCAGAGGCGCGCGGCAGCUCGGGCUCCGUAG